AUGAAUGAUUCAAAUGUUCUUCGAAUUCCACCAGGUCAAAGAGUUGGUCUUCAAAUAAGAAAUUUAACAGUUUCGGUCAAACAUCAAAUUUCUGGAUUGAAUAAAGUAAAGAAAAAACUAUUUAGACAACAAUUAAAAGAUCAUGAGACAAAAGACUUUAAUCUGAAAUCAUCCAAAAUUUUAAAUGAUAUUUCAUUUGAUGUAAAUAGUGGUGAAUUGAUUGCAUUAAUGGGAGGUUCAGGUGCUGGUAAAACUACAUUAUUAAAUACUUUAGCUCAAAGAACUAAUGUGAGAAAUAAAAAGUUGGAAUUUUCAGGUAGUGUUAAUUAUAUUAGUGAUGAUGAUUCUAAGCAUAUAAAACAUGCUUAUUUACUUCAAACAGAUUUUUUUUUACCUGGUUUAACACUUUGGGAAACUUUAAAAAGUCAAGCUGAUUUAAGAUUACCACCUUAUGUUACAGAAGAUGAGAAAGUAAAUUUAAUUAAAUAUAUUUUAAAUGUUUUGGAAUUAAAUCAUUUAAUUGAUACAAGAGUUUGUAAUUUUUCAUCACAUUCUUCAACUUUAAGUGGUGGUGAACAAAGAAGAGUUAGUUUAGCUAUACAAUUAUUAUCUAGACCAUCCAUAUUAUUCUGUGAUGAAGCUACAACUGGAUUAGACACUUCAAGCUCUUUAAAAUUAGUUCAAUUGUUGAAAAGAUUAUCAUCUUCAGAUUUGGGAAUUACAGUGGUUUUAUCUAUUCAUCAACCAAGACCUGAGAUUUGUGAUUUAUUUGAUAAAGUUUGUUUGUUGACUAAAGGAGGUAGAUUAAUGUAUUAUGGAAACUUACAAAAUGAAGCAUAUGAUUAUUUUAAUAAAUUAGAAGAUUUUCCUAGUGAUGAUGGUAAACAUAUUAGUACCUAUGUAAUGGACAUAUCUGUUAAGGAUUCAAGUACUUUGGAUAACGAAUUAAGAUCAGCUGCUAGAAUUAACUAUCUUGUUGAAAAAUGGAAAAAUUUACACCAUUAUGAAUAUCAAAGUACUUCCAAGAAGGAUCAAAAACAUUUCAUUUCCAAUUUAAAAUUAUUCUCAACUCCAAAGCAGGAUCAAAUAUCAUUCAUACAAGAAUUGAAAAUCACAACAGCAAGAACAUUCAAAUUAUCUUAUCGUGACAGAGGCAGUUUAAUUGUUUUAAAUUUUGGAGCAUUAGUUAUGGCCGUCACAUUAGGGUGGAUGUUUUAUCGUCCAAAACAUGACUUAGCUGGUAUUAGAUCAUUAGUUUCAGUUCAAUAUGUGUUACUAGAAGUUGUUGGAUUUUGUGCUAUGUUCAUCGAAGCAGAAAGAUUAUGGGUAACUGAUGGUGUUUAUUUUUUUAGAGAAUAUCUUGAACAUGUUUCAAGUCCUGCAGGCUUUAUUUUGUCAAGAAGAUUAGCUAAAUUUUUAUUGGAGGAUUUACCUAUGACUAUUGUAUUUUCAGUUAUUACUUUUUUUAUGUGGGGUUUAAGAGUUGGAAAUGGUUCACAUUUUGGAAUAUAUUUUGCUAUAACUUUAUUGGUUCAAUUAUGCUGUAUGACUGGUGCAAUGUUAAUGUUUGCAAUUGCUCAAAGUAUGCCUAUAACAACGUUAUACAUCAAUUUAUUUUAUCAAUUACAAAAUUCUGCUUCUGGAUAUUUUGUAAAUGCAAGAACUAUGCCUGUUUAUGUAAGAUGGGUUAAGUAUUUAGCUUAUUUUUGGUAUGGAUUUGGUGCAUUAUGUGCAAAUCAAUUUACAAAUUGGGAAGGAGAUUGUCCUUACGAUGAUCAAUCAAGAUGCUUAGAAUAUACUGGGAAUGCUCAAUUGGCUUUAUUGGGGUAUCCACAAAAUUGGAUUGCUGAACCAAUUGGAAUUUUAAUUGCUUGGGUUGUUGGAUUUAUGAUAUUAUCUUGUUUGGGAUUACAUUUCAGAAAUCAUGACACUGGUAUGGCGAAGACUAAAAAGAAUACAAUUGGUGAUGAGGAGGAUCAUGAUGAUGAAACGGAAACAGAGGAAGAUGAAGAUGAAAAGGCGAAUGAAAAUGUUGCAUUUGGAAUCACUACUGAUGAAAUUGUUAAUGAUACUUAUCCUAUGAGUAUUGAAUUAUCAAACAUCAAUUUAAUUGUGAAUAAAAAGACAUUUUAUGGUAAAAUCUUAGAUCAAAAAACAUUGUUGAAUGAUAUCAAUGCAACAUUCAAAGCUAAUUCAGUUAAUUGUAUUAUGGGUCCAUCGGGUAGUGGUAAAAGUACUUGUCUUAACUUUUUAUCAAACAGGUUAGACAGAUCUUCAUCCUUCAUUUCAUCUGGUAAUAUCAAAAUUAAUGGAGUUCAAGAUGUUUCAAGACUGCAGUUAAGUAAAAUAUCAGCUUAUGUGACUCAACAUGAUGAUUCGUUGAUUGCGGAUUUAACAGUUAGAGAAACUUUGUAUUAUCAAGCAAGGUUAAGAAUACCAUUGGAACAACAUAAAUCAAUACCAAAAAUCAUCAACAAGUUGAUACGUCAAACUGGAUUAAUUGAUUGUGCAGAUACUUUGGUAGGUAAUGAAUAUAUAAAAGGUAUUUCAGGUGGUGAGAAAAGAAGGUUAAGUAUUUCUAUUCAGUUAUUGUCCAAGCCAAAAAUAUUGUUUCUUGAUGAACCAACUUCAGGUUUAGACUCUUCCACAGCUGAAGCUAUAUUUAAUUUGUUAACAGAAUUAGCUGUUGAAAAUGGAACUACUGUUAUUUUGACUAUUCAUCAACCUAGUGAAGAUAUAUUUUUCAACUUUGGAAGUUUAUUAUUUUUAGGUAAAGGUGGUAAUGUAAUAUAUAAUGGGUCAUCAUCUGAAAUUGUUCCAUAUUUAGCUAAAUUAGGUUUCACAAAUGUAAAUAAUUUAAAUAUGGCUGAUUAUAUUUUAGAUCUUAUCAGUAAUGAAGAGGAAUCAAUCAUUGAUGAGAAGAAUGAUUCCUUACAAGAUAGGAUUAAUCUUUUAAUUAACAAUUGGAAAUAUAAAGAACAAACAAUACGACAAAAUCAAACUGCAUCACCACAACAAGUAAUCAAUUUAUCUCAAUUUUAUUUCAAAAGAUUAUCAUUCAUUCAUACAUUUCCAACAGUUACAGAAAGACAAUUUCUAACAUCAUAUCGAUCAAAAGAUAGUAUCAUUAGUAGAGUUGGUCAAACUAUAUUUUUAACUAUAAUCCACACAUUAUUUUUUGCACCAUUAAAAAACACACAAGAUGGAAUAAGUAACAGAUUAGGUUUAAUUCAAGAAGUUUUGAAUCUUUAUUUUGUGGGAUUAGUAAAUAAUAUCAGUUUAUAUCCAUUUGAAAGAAAUUUAUUUUAUCAAGAAUAUAAAGAUGGAAUUUAUGGUGUUUCAGAAUUUGGUAUAUCCUACUUUCUUAAUGAAUUACCAACGGAGAUAUUACCAUCUUUCUUUUUCAGUGCUUUAAUUGUAUUUGUUUGUGGAUUACCAAGAAACGCAUCAAUGUAUUUCGCAAUGUUUUGUACUGGAUUUGUUUCAAUAAAUUGUGGUGAGUCAUUAGGAAUAUUUGUAAAUAGUGUUUUCAAUCAUAUUGAAGUUGCAACAAAUGUUUUAUCUAAUGCAAUUAUUAUUGCAAUUUUUAUGGGUGGAACAAUGUCAUUACAUAUGCCUCAUUUUUUUAAAGCUAUAAAUUUUAUAAGUCCUAUGAAAUAUGCUGUUGCAAUUUGUGCAAAUUUAGGUUUUAAAAAUCAAACUUUUACAUGUGGUGUUGAUGGAGUUGAUUGUACUUUUAGAACAGGUCAAGAUGUUUUAGAAUAUUAUAAUUUAAAACAAAAUUUAGGUGCUAUGUUUGGAGGAUUAUUUGCUGUAUUCAUUGUUUAUAGAUUAAUUGCCAUUGCUUCUAUUUAUGUAAGAGUUAAAUGGUUUUAG